AUAGAAGUCGGCGACAGAAAUGAAGAGGCAAAAUGCUACGAAAACCUCGGAACAGUAUUCACAUCCCUCGGUAAAUAUGACAAGGCCCGAGAAUUUCAAGAGAAAGCACUCGCUAUCAAUUUAGAAAUUGGCGACAGAAAUGGAGAGGCAAGAAGCUACGAAAACCUCGGAACUGUACUCACAUCCCUCGGUAAAUAUGACAAGGCCCGAGAAUUUCAAGAGAAAGCACUCGCUAUCAGUGUAGAAAUUGGCGACAGAAACGGAGAGGCAAGAAGCUAUGCAAACCUUGGAAUAUUGUCCCAAACACUUAGCGAUUAUGGUGGGGCUCAAGAAUACCUGGAGAAAGCACUUGCAAUCAAAAUACAACUUGGCGACAGAGAUGGAGAGGCAAACUGCUACGGAAACCUGGGAACAGUAUUCACAUCGCUCGGUAAAUAUGACAAGGCCCAAGAAUUUCAAGAGAAAGCACUAGCUAUCAGUUUAGAAAUUGGCGACAGAAAUGGAGAGGCAAGAAGCUACAGAAACCUCGGAACAGUAUUCACAUCGCUCGGUAAAUAUGGCAAGGCCCGAGAAUUUCAAGAGAAAGCACUCGCUAUCAGUGUUGAAGUUGAUGACAGAGACGGAGAGGCAAGAAGCUAUGCAAACCUUGGAAUAUUGCUCCAAACACUUGGCGAUUAUGAUUGGGCUCGAGAAUACCUGGAGAAAGCUCUAUCUAUUUACAAGAGAAUUGGUGACAGAAAAGGAGUGGCAGACACUUUUGGAAACCUUGUAUCUUUGUUUCUGUCCCUCGGUAAAUAUGCAAGGGCUGACGAUUUUCUAGAGAGAGCGAUUGCAAUUUGGAGGGAAAUCGGCGACAGAGAAGGACAAGCAGUACAUUUCAGAUACCAAGGGAAAAUUUGUCAUAAGCGUGAUGAGUACGACGUUGCUUUAGAAUAUCACAAGAAAGCCCUUGAAAUUCACAUGGAAAAUGGUAGGAAAGAAGGAGUUGUGAUCACCUUCUUAAAUUUAGGAUUGUGUUUCCGAUCGCUCGGUAAACAUGACAUGGCCGAGGAAUACCUCACGAAGGGUCUCUUCUUGAGCAGGGAUAUUGGACACAACUUCCAUGAAUUUCAAUGCCUUAAUGCUCUAACAGUGUUGAAAGUAUCACAAGAUGAUCUUGAAGAAGCCUUUACGUAUAUUUACCAAAGCAUUGAAGUAUUCGACACUUUGCGAGAUUCCCUUGAAGACGAGGAUCAGUUUAAAACAUCACUUUUGGAGGAGCACGGCACCAUUCCCUACAAGUUGCUCAGUAGCUUGCUUUCUUCCACGGCAAAGCCACAAGACGCCCUCUAUGUCGAGGAGCUGAGACGGGCGAGGGGCUUAGCCGACUUGAUGGCGGCUCGGUACUCAGUAAAAGAGCAGAUCUCUGCCAAUCCAAAAUCAUGGAGUGGCAUCCAGAAAAUUAUCACAAAAGAAACAGAAUGCGCAUGCCUUUACCUUUCGGUUGAUGAAGACCAAGUGCGGUUUUGGAUUCUCCAAACAACGAGCGGCAUCCUGUUUUUGAAAAAGGAAGUGAGACUUGACCAAAACGUUGUCACCGGACUAGUUCCUGGUUUGGAAGAGUUUCUUAAAAAAGCUUCCGCGGGCUCCCGGAUAAUCUUCACUUGUUACACAAGAUAAUCAUCGCUCCUGUGGCUGAUUUACUGAAAGAGCCCGAAAUUAUCAUUGUCCCUGAUUCCUGUAUGUACCAGGUACCAUUUGCGGCCUUAACUGACGAAGGAGGAAAGUUUUUGUCGGAUACAUUCAGAUUGCGCAUCGUUCCCUCUUUAACGACGCUCAAGCUCAUUCAAGACAGCCCCCCACAAUGUCACAGUCAGACAGGCGCACUGAUAGUGGGUGACCCUGAGGUGGGAGAGGUGAUUUACAAGGGAAGACGCCUGAAUCUAACACGAUUGCCAAGUACAAGAAAGGAAGCAGAGAUGAUUGGAGGACUUCUUGGUGUGACACCUUUGAUUGGAAAUCGUGCGACAAAGAAGGCUGUACUUCAAGCAAUACAUUCAGUGAGUUUGAUCCAUUUAGCUGCCCAUAGUAAUGCUGAAACAGGAGAGAUUGUCCUUUCCCCAGAGCGUCCCGCUCACUGUUUUCCACAAGAAGAAGCCUACCUCUUGACGAUGGCGGACAUUUCACGAAUUAAGCUGCGAGCUAAACUGGUGGUACUAAGCUGUUCUCACAGUGCACAUGGACAGAUUAAAGCCGAGGGAGUUAUUGGAAUCGCUCGAGCGUUCUUAGGAUCCGGUGCUCGCUCAGUGUUGGCGGCACGGUGGGCCUUAGAUGACACAGCCACAGAGAAGUUCAUGACUUGUUUCUACGAGCACUUGUUCCGCGGUGAAAGCGCCAGUGAAUCUCUUCACGAAGCCAGGAAAUGGAUGAGAAACAAUGGCUUUGAAGAAGUCUCUAAGUGGGCUCCUUUUAUGCUGAUUGGCGACAACGUGACAUUUGAUUUUGGA